AUGAGCGAGAAUGGCCGGGCGGUCGGGACUUUGGCCACGCGACUGGACGGGCAGGAAAAGGCGCUUCCAGAGCUGGACGCCGCGAUCAGGGCUGAGGUUUCCAAGUUGGAAGACUCCAUGGCCUCCUUCCGCCAGGAGGAGCGAUCCGCGCGGGAGGUGGCAACUGCCGACCUCUCCGGCGCGCAGGCGCGGAAGCACGAGGCAAUGACGGAGGAGAUCCGAAGAGAACACGCAGCCCACAAGGAGGAAAGCCGGAAGUGGGCGUUGACAAUGGUCGAACGCCUCUCUGAAGACCUCCGAAAAGAGAGGGAGGCUCUGUUCGACGAGUUGAAUCGGCGCUGCCAGGAGGUGUCCACGCUGAGCGCGCAGCAGAUGCGCGCAGAGCUCGCCGUGGAGGUCAAGCGGCUGGACCAGGCCUUGCCGGGGCUCGAGGAGAAGUUCAAGGUGCUCCUGGGCCAGGAACGAUGCUACCACGAGCACCAAGCCCAGGUAGCCGCCCAGGAGGUGAAGGCCGCGCUCGAGGCGCACGGUGAGUUGGCCGAAGCGCUGGAGAGCGAGCAGCGUCUGGUGGUCCAGCGCCUCACGGAAGGCAUGUGCUUGCUUGUCAGGCUGACUUUUGCUCCUCUGGCGGUUUGUUGGUUGCAGAGUCAGCUUCUCCUCCUGUGCGGAGCAGCUGUUUGCUGGGGAGAUCCUGAGUUUGGUCCUGACCAGAAGAAAGCUCAACACCAGCUUGUUGACGGCAUCGUCCAUAUCUGUCCAUCGGCAGCUGCUUUCGCUGCACUGAAGAACACGGGUUCCGUGGUGACAUUUGGGCACCCCUCCUGGGGAGGAGACAGCCGGCCGGUGCGAGAUCAACUGGCAUGCGGUGUGGUGAAGAUUGCCGCAACGGAUUCAGCAUUUGCUGCUGUCAAGGAAGACGGCUCUGUAGUGGUUUGGGGGAACCCGAACUGUGGAGGAGAUGCGAGCUCGGUAAUGCAUAAGCUGUUGCGCAACGUGGAUCACAUCUGGGGUAACGAGCGUGCGUUUGUGGCCAUCAAGAAAGAUGGCUCGAUUGUCACGUGGGGUGACCGAGAAGCUGGAGGCGACUCCAGCUCUGUGCAGGAGGACUUCUCAGAGAUCGGCGCGGCUCGUGUUGUGAAGGUGUUUUCGAACGAAUGUGCCUUUGCAGCGCUGCGAGCAGAUGGCUCCGUCAUUACCUGGGGCGAUCCGGACGGUGGUGGGGACAGUUCGAAUGUCUCCGAAUUUCUGGAGGCAGGCGUCAAAGACAUCUGCUCGACAGAUGAUGCGUUUGCGGCUCUUCGCGACAAUGGCCAGGUCGUCACAUGGGGAGAUGAUGCCUCCUGGUGGCGGAAGCAGCGCUGUUCGUCAGAGCUUUGCGCAACAAGGGCCGCGUUCGCAGCAUUGAAAGAGGAUGGAAGUGUGCAUGCCUGGGGAGACGAAAAACAUGGGGCUGAUACAACAGCGACUGAAAGCAUCCUCUCUUCUGGUGUUACGAAGCUGUUCGGCAAUAAUGUCUCUUUCGCUGCCAUCAAAAGUAACGGCGGCAUUGUCUCUUGGGGCGACCCUGCACGCGGUCCACCCUUGGUGCAUCCCAGAGUGCCGGAUGCCCAAGGAAUCUACGGGACGAAGUUCGCCUUUGCCCUGUUGUGCCAAGACGGGGAUGUCAUCACAUGGGGUGACCCAUCUUGUGGCGGCGACAGUUCUGCUAUUGAUGCGCAGCUCAAAGAACAUGCUAAAGCCGUGCAGCUACAGCCUUGA